AUGAAUCGAAUCGAGAGGUUUUUCGUGGAGGCCGGUGCCCUGGACGGAAAGUCAAUAUCGAAGACCCUCUACUUGGAAGAGAAAUACGGAUGGAAGGGACUCUUGGUGGAACCGAAUCCUCACCUCUUCCAGAAGAUGAUGUACCUCAAGAGAAAUGCUUGGCUCGCUCCCUUUUGUCUUUCGCCAGAAGCCAGGGUCAAAUACGAGGUGAUGGAGUAUCCGUACGACCCGAAGGAUCCGAUCGCCUCCUGGGGAGGCGGGAUCAGUAAGAAAGGAAAAAUCAAAGGUUCCAUAAAAAAUGGCACUUCAAUCUACUCCGCUCUGGUCAAGUGUUAUCCCCUUCACACGCUCUUGGAUGCUCUGGGCAUCACAACUGUCCACUUUUUCAGCUUGGACGUGGAAGGGCUGGAAUUGCAAGUUCUCAAGACAUUGCCCUUUCAGCGCAUUCAGUUUCACGUUAUCGAGGUGGAGUUCCUUUUUAACGACGAAGGGAAGCAAAGUCUGAAGGAUUUCCUCCUUUCGAAGGGAUAUCAGCUGGUGCACAAAACAUAUGGAGAAUUCAUCUUCGCCAACAUGACUGCAUUGGAUUCAGAAGUUGAAAGAGCUUGA